AUUAUUGGUAAACAUUUAUGCUCGUACUUUCGCGUACGAACACGUAUAACUGCGUGUGUUUGAGUGGUGUGUGUGAGUCGAUUUCGGUGCUUUUGUUGACAGCUGAUCAUCCUCAGUAGGCCCUGCCGCCGGCGGCUGACUCAUCAGGAGCAGAGUAAACGUGACACGAAUAUUAACAAAAAAGACGUGUUAAAUCUAUCACAAAUUAGCGGACGGGGAAAAAUAGAUCCACCGACCAUAUUUUGCGCCGACCGUGUGUGUCUGUGUUGCUGGAAACCAGCCAAGCCUGAACGGAGCAAUAAACACAUUGCCAAGCCUCAAGCCCCGCGCCAGCAGCCUGGGUGGUAAGUUUGCGGUUCCCGUGUACGCGGGGCUUUGCAUGGGGCGGAACAACAAUGUUUACGGACACGCACAAAUACGGCCGACGUGUGCAAAACAAGCCCCCGUUCGACCCAUUCGACAACCAGCCCCCUCCCGCAGAGCUCAUUGAUUGAGGUCAAUUAUUUUCAAAGGCAACACAGCAAGCCGCACAGGCCCACCGGUAGGAGGUUCUUGCGGGAGGCAAAGAUAUUCACCGCAGCAGCAAUCAAAACCCUCGAUACCGGUUCCAACUGGAACGUGUGCCGUCCCGAAGCGGACAGCGUGAUUAACGAAAAGUCUCCCCUCCAAGGUCCAAGGUGCCCUAAUCUUGCGCGAAACAGCGUAACUGCGAAGAAGAUGGACGAAGAGACGAGAAUGCGCCGUAUCUUGCGCUUGUUGAUUGGCAAACAGCACAACGAGACAAGUGUGUUCCAGUGGCAAGCGCUUCUGCUGCUCAAAUCUCAUUCCCGCGGGACCGGUUUCGUCAAUAUAUUCGCGUAAUUUAUGGUGGCGAUUUUUAUCGUCUUUGAUUUUGAGGAAAGGUAACAACCCAAGCGAAAUGCUUCCCUUUCGAACAGCGCCCCAAAACGGAUCGCACGAAUUAUGCUGCGUCCAGCUUUAAUCGCUCUACCUCGCAGAUUGGAAUAAUCGGUUCAUUAAAAAAAACACACACACACAAACGAACCCUCAGUGUGGCAGGGCACACAGCAUCACUUUUGCCUUAUUCGCGUUCGGUGUUUCGUGGUGUUCGGUGGAGUUUUGUUCCGAUGUGCUAAAAACAAGAGCCAGGGCCGUGUGCUUCUUAAACCGUCACAAGCAAACAACAGGUAGCAAGCCCCGGUAUCGGUACUAGCCAUCUUGUAACCACCCUAGCAACCGCACACUACGACAUCACACACACACACCACACCAUGAGCGGCAAAGAUACGGCCGAGGUGGAGGCCGCCCUGACCGAAAAGCAGCCGCAAUCGCCCUCGAAAAGCCCCACGCAUGCCGUCCUGACGCAGCUGACGCGCCGUGCCGCCAUCGUGCAGAUCGUGACGGCCGUCGUCGCCAACAUUACGAUCAUCUCGUCUGGCAUGGGCAUCGGCUUCCCGUCCAUCGCCAUGAUCGAGCUGACGAACUCGACCACCUCGGUGGUGCUGACGGAAUCGGACGCCACGUGGUUCGCAUCCAUCACGUCGAUUAUGUGCCCGUUCGGGGGGCUGCUUUCCGGCUACCUGCUCGACAAGGUCGGACGCAAAAAAACGCUCUACUUUAUCAACAUCAUAUCGAUCGUUUCCUGGGCCAUCAUGUCGUUCGCGAGCCGCACCGAUAGUGCGACCCUCUUUAUCCAGCUAAUCGUGGCCCGUAUAAUUAUAGGCAUUGCGAUAGGCUUAUCUAGCACUCCAGCAUCGGUGUACGCGGCCGAGGUCGCCCAUCCAAAUCUUCGCGGGCGCCUCACGCUGCUGACCGCCUUCUGUACCGCGAUCGGCAUGCUUAGUAUCUACACGCUCGGCUAUGUGUUCAAGAAUGAUUGGCGGUUCGUCUGUAUGAUCUGCGGCAUCUUUACCGUCGUGUCGCUGCUCACCGUUAUACCGCUGCCCGAGUCCCCGAGCUGGCUGGUGAGCAAGAAGCGCAUGCCGAAGGCGGAACGCUGCCUCAAGGUGGUGCGCGCCAUCAAGGAGGAGAAUCAUCCGGAGAUACGGGCCGAGCUGGAGGCGCUCGAGGACAACAUUGCCCGGUUCCGGUCGGCGCAGGAUGGCAAAAAGUCGAAGCUCGAUCAGCUGAAGAAGCCGGAAGUGUACAAACCGCUCGCCAUCAUGUGCACGUUCUUCUUUUUCCAGCAGUUUACCGGCAUCUUUGUCAUUAUCGUGUACGCGGCCAGCUUUUCGAUCGAAGCGGGCGUUGCGAUCGACCCGUUCCUGAGUGCGGUGUUUGUGGGGCUGACGCGUGUCGUCACCACCGUGCUGAUGUCGUUCAUUUCGGACAAGUUCGGUCGCCGACCGCCGGCCCUGUUCUCUGGGUUCGGUAUGGCGACGUGCAUGUUCGGGCUGGCGGUCUGUGCCAUCCAUCCGGUGAAGGGAACGUCGCUUAGCUGGAUCCCGACCGUGCUGCUGGUGGCGUUCAUCUUCACUGCGACGCUUGGCUUCCUUACGCUACCCUUCUCGAUGAAUGCGGAAGUGUAUCCGACCAAGAUUCGUGGCUUUGCGUCCGGGCUGACGAUCUUCUUCGGCUACACCAUGUCGUUCAUCAUCCUCAAGAUCUACCCCUCGCUGGUGGAAACGAUCGGUAACUCGAACGUGUUCAUCCUGUUCGGCUGCCUGUCCAUGCUCGGCAUUGCGUUCGUGUACUUCUUCCUGCCGGAAACGAAGGGCCGCACGCUGGAAGACAUUGAAAGCCAUUUCCGGGGCAAAAAGCAGUCGUCACCGGACAGCAAGCAGGAGGUGGAGAUGAAAACGAUGCUGAAAGCGAACGAAGCAGCCUAAAGGCGUUUUGCAUUGGAAUGGGGAAGGUUCGGAGCUGGAAAAGGAGCUCUAUUUGCGAACAAAACCGAACAUCGCUCCACCGAACCGAACACUUCUUCUUACAAGCAAAACACACACAAAAUGAACAACUCAAUGGAACCAUGAACUGUGAUAAGGCACCGGUACAUUAAAGAUUAUGUGCGAUUUGUUUCCUUUUUUCGCUUUUAAUUGUUGAACAAAAAAGGGCGACACGCAUUUCACUUAUGAAGCUCUACCACCACCUGCCGGUGUAGCUGCUGCCGGUCGAAUUAAAACGGGGCGCGUUAGUUGGGGGAAAGGGGGAGGGGCGUGAUAAAGAGGUAUAUCAACGAGACCACACCACACCACACUGCCUGCGAAACCCUCUGCGGUGGCCCAAACCAUUCUAAAGACGACAACGGGAGGUUUACUUACUAUAUCUACAACAAAACAAAACAAAACCGAGUGGGAAACAAAAUAUAUGCAAUCCAUCCCAGUUUACAAAGAUAAAGAAAAUUCGAAUCUAUCACAAAA